CUGUCCGUUCAGCACCACCGACUGUGUGUGAAGAGACUUAAAGCGCUGACAGUCGGCAUUUAACGCCAGAAACCGCUCUGGAAAUCGCUCUUCGUUUGGACAGCUACUUGUUUCUGUUUGUGAGUGAUUCUGUUAACGUGACAGGUAGUUAAAUGCGCGUGACGCGUCUGUGAGAAGGACUCCAACAGUUUGUUUUAACAUAUUCACUGACUGUGCGAAGAGAGCGGCACUCGGUUUGUACUGGGAAAAGCUUUGGAUUUCCAGGCUAACUACAGCUAAUCUGUGUUGUUUCGGUCUUGUGCUUGUUUUGCGUGAUUUUUAUUAGCGCGAAGUCGUGGACCUUUAGGCAUUUUAUUUAAAUAACAAACUAACUAACUUGAAUUUACUCCAGCUUUUAAGAGACAAACGGUCGUAAUGAGAGCUCUUUUUGUGGCACUGCUGCUUUUAUACGCGUCAGGGAGCGGGAAAGUGGCUGGCGCGAAGGGAAACCGCUUCGUGUGCACCGCCGUGCCAGCGGGCACCGACCUCAGUUGCCCGGUGGAAACGACCAACCGGGUCCAAAGCACAAGUCCGCAGGAGGAAGAGCUGCGGAAUACUAUCAUUCAGCUUCGAGAGACCAUCCUGCAGCAGAAGGAAACUAUCGUCAGUCAGCAGGGCACCAUCAAAGAGCUCAACUCCAAACUCGCGCGCUGCGAGGCGGACGCCAAGUCGCGGGGCAGCGCGCGCAGGAAGGAUUAUAGUAAAAACACGAUGGGCGAUCUGCCGCGUGACCCCACCGAGACUGUGGAGCAGCUGGGCAAGACCAUGCAGAGCCUCAAAGACCGUCUGGAGAACCUGGAGCAGCAGCUGCGUGCCAACACAUCAGGUGGGAUGUUUCCCAAUGAGCUGAGAGACCUGCUGAAGCACCGUCUGACUGACCUGGAGAGCCAGCUGCUGACCAGAGUGACCGAACUCGAGGAGGAAAAGAGCCAGCUGUACAACGAGACGACCGCUCACCGACAGCGCACCGAGAACACCCUCAACUCACUGCUGGAGAGGAUCACCGAGCUGGAGAAAAGUAACAGUGCAUUCAAAUCUCCAGAGGACUUUAAGGUGUCUCUGCCUUUGCGCACCAACUACCUGUAUGGCCGCAUCAAGAAGAGCUUGCCAGAGAUGUAUGCCUUCACCGUGUGUAUGUGGCUCAAGUCCAGUGCCAGUCCUGGAAUCGGAACCCCAUUCUCUUACGGCGUCCCGGGACAAGCCAAUGAGAUUGUGCUGAUAGAGUGGGGAAACAGCCCCAUGGAGCUGCUCGUCAAUGAUAAGGUAGCUCAGCUUCCUCUCUCCGUGAGUGACGGCCGUUGGCAUCACAUCUGCAUCACCUGGACAACCAGAGACGGCUUCUGGGAGGCCUAUCAGGAUGGAGAGAGACUAGGGACUGGAGAGAACUUGGCCCCCUGGCACCCAAUUAAACCUGGAGGAGUCAUUAUCCUGGGCCAAGAACAGGACAUCGUAGGUGGAAGAUUUGAUGCAACUCAAGCCUUCGUAGGAGAGUUAAGCCACUUCAACAUUUGGGACAGAGUCCUGCGUCCUAUAGACAUCUCUGCUAUGGCCAACUGCUCAGCCUACAUGCCUGGCAACGUGGUGCCGUGGGCCGAUGCCAACGUGGAGGUAUUUGGCGGUGCCACAAAAGCAGCACUGGAGAUUUGUGAAGACCGUCUCUUUGAUUCCUAAGGACACGUCUGUCAAUUUGGAAGCAUUCUCGUUGUAGAGGUAACCCACGUCCCAAUACUGCUCUGGGAACUUACAAAGAUGGUUCAAAAGAAACACACGUUAAGGAGGAUUAUUUCGUCCUCUAUUCUGCUUUAUGUUUGUUGAGACUUUGCUGUCAGCCUGACCAAUAACUAAAAUGACUGUAAUUAGAAAAAGAAAAAAAUCAGUCUGCACAUUCAAGGUGAAAAUAGAGUAUUUGCGGCUCUGGCUGAAGCAAAACUUUCUUGUUGAUAUUAUAUGUGCUUUUCUCUGUGUCGCGUCCUUCAAAAACUUCUUCUCUCCACAAACUCAUAGGUAUUUUAAGAACUGCAGUAAAAGAUGGAUUUUUUUGCCAUUUACGCUUUGAGCUUUUGUCAUGUUGUGUAUAGGCUGAUUCCCUUCAAACCCCUGAAAAACUUCAACUGCAUAGUUUCAACAUAAGCUUUAUUAAAACUUAAUGAAUGAGCUAGACCGUGACGUUGCACAUAUGGAGAGGCAUUCAGACAGAAGUGUCUUUAUGUCUGUGUCGGUGAUCCAGAGAUUAGUGGAGGGAACAUUCGCUUUUUAAAAAUCUUCUUUAAUAUAGCCGUCCCUCAGCAGCUGCCGUCUCCAGCAGAUCUGACAUCCAGAAACCUUAAAGUAGCAAAGCCGCCAAGGACUGACCUGCAGCUCUCUGAAGCUCCCAGGAGAUGGUCUGGCUGCAGUGGUUCACCUCGUCAAGCUAGUUUGAUUUCAUUCAGUUUGUGAAUCCCAAAUAGUGGUGUCUUUGAAACGUUUAUGAAGGAUUUUGACAUGAACAUGGCGUUAUGAGAUUAACUGUGAGAACUCGACCGGGAAUGUGUGCUAUACUUUUUUAAUAAUGUUUCAUUGAAAAAAAAAAAAAAAAAAAUGUUAGUUG